AUGAUAAAUGAUCAAUUCCUUUUACUCUGCCAUCUCAUGUACCUUGUGCCAGCUGUUUUGGAACAGAGUUAUUUAUCAAAAAAUGGUACGAAUGGACCGUUUCCAAACUUGAUGAAUUGGAGUUUAUUGUCUGGAUGGUAUGUGACAUCGUUUACUCUGGCAUAUGUCGCGGUGACGAGACUUUUCGUCAUCGUUCUCCAUCAACCGAAUAUGAGCCGCUCGCUAGCUGUUCUCUCAAUGUUUUUCAUCUUUUUACUCUCAUGGAUCAUGUCCUAUAUUGCCCAAUUUGAAUUCCUGUGUUGUGAAUUGAUCUUUAACCCGUUCAACUAUGGCUAUGGAUAUGUGAGUAAUGGUAAUUUGACGAAUUACUCAAAUCAGUAUUUUGAUUUCCCGUUGAAUAACGCUGUUUCAGUCAUCACUGUUGGCUGUUAUAUGGUGGUCCGGCACCAAAUCUUUCAAACCGCGCUCCCAUCACACGGUGUCUACAGCACAAAUACGCAUUGCUCAACAAAUCCGAACAACUCAACUGUCAACAAGAUCAAUAGCUUUACAAAAGAGCCA